ACAAUCAGCUGACAUCCGGCGUCUUCCCGUCCAUUAGCCGACGAGAUCCACACUCAGCCUUAUCCAUCCGCAUUCGAUCUUUCCUCCCCCGUAAGCAAAGCGCCACUCGAUGAUUUUCCCACGCUACUGAAUGCGCACUUUCGCCGUCGUCGUCAAAUGCAGGGCUCUGGCCCCGUCUGCUGCAGCUGAAGCACAACCGUCCUGCCCCCUCUCCGCUCCGGCUACACUGCCUCGUCUCCUCGCCGAGCCAUGAGCACCCACCGGGACCUCGACAUGGUGAAUCUCCGCCUCAUCCUGGUCAGCGGGAAAACGCAGGACUUCACCUUUUCGCCAAACGACUCAGCCACAGACAUCGCCAAGCAUGUGUUUGAAAACUGGCCCACGGGAUGGGAGGAGGAGAUGGUGAGCAGCCCCAGCAUACUGCGCCUCAUCUUCCAGGGACGCUUCCUCCAUGGCAACGUGACCCUCGGAGCGCUGAAGUUGCCUCCAGGCCGAACUACCGUCAUGCACCUGGUUGCCAGGGAGACGCUUCCAGAGCCCAACUCUCACGGUCAACGAAACAGAGAAAAAACCACAGAGAGCAAUUGCUGUCUCCUCUUGUAAGGAAACGUCCCUUCCCUACACCCCUAUAUAAAUAUAUAUAUAUAUAUAUCUAUAUACACGCACACACAUACACACACGCCCUCCUCUUGCCGGUCGUCCUGUCAGCGGUGGACUAAAUCACUGGAAGUAUAGUUGUUGUUGUUUUAUGUCCUGUCGGAGGCUUUUUCGUGCCAACGCAUCCAUGCAAAACACUUCUCCAAACAUGUCAACAUAAACAACAUCAACAUUUGUGCCCUCACUGAACCGCUGGACACACACACACACACACGCACACUUGAAUAGAGCCCGGAUGCUUUUGUGGAUGCCCAGCUCUGACUGAACGCUGUUAACCCCUUAAUGGACUUAACCAACCAGUUUAAUGGCAAGUGUGUGUUGUUGUUGUUGUUCCUCCUCCUCCGUGGAUAUUUUCCUCCCGUCAGAGGAGCAAACAGAACUUGUGCCAUCAUUAUCAUCAUUAUCCCACGUUUCUGCCUCAGCGCCGGUGGCAUCUGUGCCAUGAAAAUGUUUGUUUCUUUGUUCGGACCAACGGAAAAGGGCAGAGAGAAAAAAGACUUCAAGAAGGAAAAGGGCCACGCCGGUUUCAAAAGGGAACACGCUGUGUUGCUUCGGGGGUCACAGCAGGCCAGUCGAGUUGAAGAUAAAGAAGAGUUCUUUGGGGACAAAAUGGUUUGGGUGGGUUUGCCCUCCUGUUCAUUUGAAUGCUGUCUCUACUUCUCGUUUGGCUUUUAUCGUGGAAUCCAGUAAUAUCAUUAAUAUUGAAAUUUAAAUAUAUAAAUUUUUAUCUUGUGUAUAAGUAUUUGUGUGCGAGCGUGUGUGUGCAUAUGAUUGACGCUUGAAAAGAUGGCGUCACAGAGGGAGCGUCGGUGGGCUCUUGCUAACAGGUUGGAAAAAUUAAAUUUUAAAUGUUUUCCUUUUCGAGUGUCCUUUGCUUUGUGUUAGUUUCGUCUUAUCAGUGUCACUACUAUGAAGUCUGUAUGAAUUCAUAUACAAACUAACAUGCAAUGUGGUCUCUAUCAGCGCUUGUAUGAUAAAGGAAUUCAUCUUUGGAUACUGCGAAUGCUCCCCACUUUUUAUUCUCGAGAAAACCUUGUCCUGAUAAGAACGGCUGCCUAAUGUCGCUCCUCAACGUCAUCUGUUUUAUACACGAUGUACUUUAUUAGGUUGUCUAUGAAAUGGUUGACUUUUGGUGUUCUAAGUAUUACAAUGACCUCCGGAUUUAAUGGCAUAAUGUAUAGAAGUGUGAAUAAUAAUAAUAAUGAAUUCUGUCUGAAAUAAAUUUCUCUCACAUGA